UCUUACUUUUAUACUCGGAUUGCAAUUACCCCACUUCCCUUCCUCAACACCACCAUCAUCCACUUUUGGACAUUUUAGACACGAGGCUUUGCUCAGAUAGAUUUCUUUGCUCUUUUUGCCUCCAUCGUCAUAACCCCUUUAAACUUUUUGCCAUCUUCCCCCCUUCUCCUCACAAAAAAAAUGGUCGCAGCAGAUUACGACGUAAUAGUCGUUGGUGCCGGUCUUUCCGGUGUGAAUGCCGCUUACCGUUUACAAACCGGUACUUCUCUCAAUUUUACCAUGUUAGAAUCACGUCAUGAAAUUGGUGGAACAUGGUCUUUAUUCAAAUAUCCAGGUAUUCGUUCUGAUUCGGAAAUGUUUACGCUUGGUUUCCCUUUCCGUCCUUGGGAAGGUAAAAAAUCAAUCGCAGACGGCGCAGAUAUUUUACAAUAUAUCAAAGAUACAGCAUCAGAAUUUGGAAUUGACAAGAAAGUUCAAUACAACAAAAAAGUUGAAGAAGCAAAUUGGUCAACAAAAGAUGCCCUUUGGACUUUAUCAAUUCAUGACAAUCAAAAGAAUGAAUCUACUAAAAUGACUGCAAGAUUCGUCAUCUUCUCAGCCGGAUAUUACGAUUACGAUGAAGGAUAUUACCCAGUCUUGCCUGGAUCGGAAAAUUUCAAAGGUCAAAUUCUACGACCUCAAUUCUGGCCAGAAGAUUUGGAUUAUUCAGGCAAAAAAGUUGUGGUGAUUGGUAGUGGUGCCACUGCGGUUACACUUUUGCCAAACAUGGCCAAAGAAGCCAAAAUGGUUACAAUGUUACAACGUUCUCCUUCUUAUUUCAUCGCUCAACCUUCAAUCGAUCCCGUCGCUCAAAUCAUUCGUAAAAUCUUGCCUGGCAGAUGGGCACACACUUAUAUGCGUAUCCGUAACCAAAUCCGUUCUUCAUUCUUAUUUUACAUGAGCCGUGUUUUUCCAAACUUUAUCCGUCGUGUUUUACGUUUCUUGAUCGCCAGACAAUUACCAAAGAAUUUCCCAAUGGAUCCACACUUUAACCCUAAUUAUAAGCCAUGGGAUCAACGUUUAUGCAUGGUACCCGACGGAGAUUUCUUCAAAGCAAUCAAAUCAGGAAAAGCAUCAAUCGCUACAGGACAUAUACAAGAAAUUAUGGCAAACGGAAUUCGAUUAAAAGAUGGAAGUGAAUUAGAAGCUGAUUAUAUCGUUCAAGCAACAGGAUUGAAAGUUCAAAUGUUAGGUGGAACGAAUAUCGUUGUUGACGGUAAAAAGAUGAUCUUGAGAGAUCAUUUCGUUUACAAAGGUCAAAUGAUCGAUGGAAUUCCAAAUUUAUCAAUGUGCUUCGGUUAUACAAACGCUUCUUGGACUCUUGGCUCGGAUUUGUGUGCACGUUAUUUGGUUCGUUUGUUAAACUUCAUGAAAGAGAACAAUUAUGCCGCUGCUACACCAACAGUCGAUCACAAUCAAGUCAAGGUUGCUCCUUUGGUUAACCUCAAUUCUGGUUAUUUGGAACGUGCUAAACCUUUGAUGCCAAAAGCAGCUGAUCAAAAGCCAUGGAAGAUGCGUGAUAACUUCUUCAAGGAUUGGAUUCAAUUCAAGACCGAUAGCGUAAAGGAUGAAAUGCGUUUUUCACCCGUUCAUUAAACAGUCUUCGCAAAUAGACAUCUUGAACAAUCAUCAAAAUCAACCAUACUCCGUUCAAUAAAUCUUUCUCUCUUCAUACUUUUCACGAUGUAUAAUCUCGUUCUCUUUUGUUUUCUUGUUUUGUGGUGCUAAUAAAGAUACGUUCAAUGAAAUGCAAUUCAAUCUCUAAAUGUCG